CAUCUUGGAAUAUGGUUUCCCUCAGGAGGUGUGUGCGUGGUGAAGAGCGUGCGUGCUGCGAACCUUCUUGAUGUUGUAAACACGGGUCAGCAUCCCGAUGCCUCGGUCGUUGAGGAUGGUGAGUUUCUCGGCCAGCUUCUGCUGGCUGGGCUGGAUCACUCCCCGAGACAUCUUGGCGAUGUUGGCUUCAAUCCCGGAGUCAGGCUGAGUCGAACAGAUCACGAAUAUCCACUUGCUCGUCACGGGCUGGGAAACGGCGGCUCCUGCGGUAGUUUAGAUUUCACCCAUGUUCGGUUUGUUGGGGUCGGCGGCGGCGGCAGCAGCUUCCUGUACUCCACCCACCGUCUCUCCCCAGCUGCCUCCUUUUUUCUCGGUCACGGCGACGAGGAGUGUCCUGGUUUUCACAACCAGGCUGGAGAUGAGGCAUUCAAUGAACCUCGUACACGGUAAAGCAGCGUGCCAAAAGGUUGUACACAGCGAUAAAAGCUUGGUACCGCACGCUACAGUCGAUUGUUGUGUAGCGUUGGAGCUGCCGCGGAGGAAGAUGCCCAAAAAGCUCAGUGAGGCUCAGCUAUGCAUUCACUGUCUGAGGAAAUCCAAGGCUUUGCCAAGGGACGCCUGAGACAACAGAGCACGCGUGUAACCACGGUGACGGGCAGGAAGCUGCUGGAGAGUAGGAGUGACGGAGGAGAAGGAGCGGUGCACGUGCGCGUUUUGGAGGAGGGAAACGGAUGUGGAUUUGUGGAGGAUGCAAGUCUGGACCUGGCAGUUGGCGUCGUCAGACCUUUUCUGCUGCUUGCCUCUCAGGAUGCAGCCCACGACGUGGAUGCCCUGCAGAAAUAUAAGGUCUCUCACAUCCUCAACGUGGCCUAUGGAGUCAGCAACCUGUUCCCAGAUCGGUUUGUCUACAAGACCCUUCAGAUCCUGGACCUGCCCGAGACAGACAUCACCUCUCACCUGGAAGAGUGCAGCCUCUUCAUCGACCAGGCCCAGGAGCAGGGCGGCGUUGUCCUGGUCCACUGUAACGCGGGCGUGUCCAGAUCCUCCUCCAUCGUGAUUGGAUACUUGAUGCUGAGGGAGGGGCUGAGCUUCGAUGAUGCCUACACCCAGGUGAAGCUGGCCAGACCCUCCGUCCGCCCCAACCCCGGCUUCUAUCAGCAACUGCAGAACUACACACCGUAGAUGAGCAGCGGGCUGAAGUGCAGCGGCGCCUCUGGCCUCUGUCCUGGACGGCCCCCUUCUCUGUUCUCCGUCAACCAACCAAACUCACCCAAUAAAUCCAACAUGGCUCGGC